GCCGUAAUUGCAACGAGGAAUGUUCAGUUGAGUGCUUAUUACUAGCCAUUUACAAAGGCAGCAGCUGUAGCCAUUAGGAGGUGUGUGCAUCGAGCGGAAACAUGAUCUCGCAGUUCUUCGUUCUCUCGCAGCGUGGCGAUAACAUCGUUUUCCGUGACUACCGUGGUGAAGUGCAGAAGGGAAGUGCAGAGAUAUUUUUCCGCAAAGUAAAGUUCUGGGAAGAUGGGGACCUGCAGGAGGCACCACCUGUCUUUAAUGUAGAUGGUGUAAAUUACUUCCAUGUGAAAGUUGUUGGGUUAUUGUUUGUUGCAACUACAAGGGUUAAUAUAUCACCUUCUUUUGUCUUGGAGCUUUUACAAAGAAUUGCUCGUGUUAUUAAGGAUUACCUUGGGAUUCUCAAUGAAGACUCAUUACGAAAAAACUUUGUGCUUGUGUACGAGUUACUUGAUGAAGUCAUUGAUUUUGGUUAUGUUCAAACAACAUCAACUGAAUUGUUGAAGUCCUAUGUUUUCAAUGAGCCGCUUGUAAUUGAUGCUGCACGUCUGUCACCUCUUGGUCCUUCUGCAGUUUUUGCGCAAGGGACAAAAAGAAUGCCAGGGAUAGCUGUUACAAAAUCUGUUAUUGCUACAGAGCCUGGGGGUAGAAAGAGGGAAGAAAUCUUUGUAGAUAUAAUUGAGAAAAUCAGCAUCACUUUUAGCUCCAGUGGAUAUAUACUGACUUCUGAGAUUGAUGGCACCAUACAAAUGAAGAGCUAUCUUUCUGGCAAUCCUGAAAUUCGAUUAGCACUUAAUGAUGACCUCUCCAUUGGAGGAAGCCAGGGAUCAGUUUACGGUUAUAGGAGCUCCUCUGGCUCAGGAACAGUUUUAUUAGAUGACUGUAAUUUUCAUGAAUCUGUUCGUCUUGAUAGUUUUGAUAUGGACAGAACUCUAUCCCUGGUGCCACCAGAUGGUGAAUUUCCGGUCAUGAACUACCGUAUGACACAGGAAUUUAGGCCUCCUUUUCGUAUUAAUGCUUUGAUUGAAGAAGCAGGGCGGCUUAAGGCUGAAGUAAUUCUUAAAGUAAGUGCUGAGUUUGCCUCAAGUGUAACAGCAAACACUAUCAAAAUGCAGAUGCCACUACCUAAAUGUACCUCCAGGGUUAGUUUUGAGCUGGAACCUGGAGCUGUUGGGCAAACAACUGAUUUUAAGGAAGCAAAUAAGAGGCUAGAAUGGAGUUUAAAGAAGAUUGUCGGGGGAUCUGAGCAUACUCUACGUGCAAAGCUAACCUUUUCACAGGAAUCACAUGUUAAUAUAACGAAAGAAUCUGGACCUGUUAGCAUGACAUUUACUAUACCAAUGUAUAACGCAUCACGGCUUCAGGUAAAGUAUUUGCAGAUAGCAAAGAAAUCUGCAACGCAUGAGCCAUACCGAUGGGUUAGAUAUGUUACACAAGCAAAUUCCUAUGUCGCUCGUUUAUGAUGCCGUUAAGAACACUGUCGUCCUCCAUCCUCUUGCUCUAUAUUACACAUGCUUUGUUUUAUUGACUUUAUUCUUUAUUUGUAAAUUACAUUCUAAGUCGAAUAUAGAAGACGUUAGUAGUUUGCCUUGUCGUUCAUUACAAUUUACACAUGCACAAGCUGGUCAUACAACAUGCAUGAAUUACAUCACUUUCCAUCCGAUAAAGGAUCACUCAGUUUUAUUUGUGUUUUCAAUAUACACUCUAAUGGAACCUCAUCUUGGACAUAAGGUUUAAAGGGGA